AUGGAAGCAACGCCUUUGAUUCCAAAACAAGGUAUGGCUUUUAAUAUUCAAGGUAAAGGUAGAUAUAAGAUCUACCUAUAUUCAUAUAUAUGUAUCAGCCUGUCUCCCGUAGAUGGUGUUUUUCUUGAUUUCACCAGUCCGUCUGGAUCUGCCGCGCCUUGAAAUCGCCCAUCAUCACGCUGAGAAGGCUAGCCGCGGCUGCAGAUUUGGUGCGCGGCUGCGACGAGCCUAGGCAUUUUUCUACGACAAAUCCACAUUACUUUACCGACAGGCAGAUACUUGUUUCUGACCGAGAAAACUUCACUUAGUUUAGGUGCUCAGAAAGUUUUGCCCUCCAAUUUUUGGAAAACUUGCAUGACUCGCCUAAGCACAGAGAUAUAAAAAAAAAAACAUUUUUUCAUCGCAGGCUUUUCCUGCCAUGACUAGUAUACACGCCAGGCUUUCAUAAACACUUUUCAGCGCAAGAUGCUGACAACGGGGCCAGAACACAACAUCAGAACAAAUUUUUUUUGUAUAUUGUUGGCCUCACUUUCCUUAUCAUCAUCUUUCUUUGCACCUCAAUGUCCCAGAAGUCUGAAAAAAUGCGUGAUGCCCCAUCAGCCUCCAACAACUUAUUCAGACGCCCUGCGGACACAGAACACCUUAAAUGCUCCUGGAUAUUUGAUGGCAAACACCCUUCGUAUGUUGACCACUUGAAAGAGAACAGAUCCACCUUUACCGAUGACAAAUUGGAUCUCCCGAUGGACUGUGAGUCCAUACGAUCGCGUCAUCGAUUUGCAACGGAUCCCACCAGCGUUGAAGAGAGGGAUUUCCCAAUUGCAAUAAGUCGUCAAGUUUAUCGUGAUUACUAUUACCAUGAGCUUGUGUUGGCGGCGUUGUACCAGCCUCAAAAUUUCUAUUGCUUUACGAUUGAUGGAAAGGCUGGUUCGCUGUUUCGACGGCGAUUUGAAUCUUUGGCAAAAUGCUUCCCAAAUGUUGUCAUAUCGAAUAACACUAGGCCGCUGUUUAGCAGUGGGUACAAUUUGGACUUGGCAAACAUUGAUUGCCUAAAGGCGUUGAGAGGAGGAAGUCGACAAUGGAAAUACGUGAUGGUUCUGCAGGUAGGUUGAUUCAGGUAGAAAUGCUUUUGAAAAAACUUCAGAAUUGUACUUUGUAGCCGGGCCAAAGAAAUUUGCCGCAUGGCGACGAGUACUAUCAAUUCGCGGGACUUUUUUUUAGCCUGUCGGUGAAAUAAUGAGCACAAUGUUGCUGCGCCGAUCGCGUCACUGAAGUGAAAAGAAACUCGAUUUUGCCGCGACACAAUUCGUUUUCUCGGCGGCGAUGCGAUACGCUAGAGUGCCCAUUAUUUUCCCGACAGACGGAAAAAAGUCCCGCGAAUUGAUUGCGGCCCUCAACUUCUGUCGCACUCUGAAAAACAACGAUUUAUCAGUCUGUCGGGAAAAUAACGGCCGGUCGUCGCGCCUUGGAAUCGCCCAUCAUCGCUCUGUGACUGGAAGACGCGGCUGGUGAUUUGGUGCGCGAUGGCGGCGAGGCGAGACAUUUUGCUGCGACAAUCCGCCGUUAUUUUCCCGACAGACUGAUAUUGCUGCAAAAAGCGAAGUCGGGAAAAUAAAGACAUCAAGACUUUUCUGGCCAGCCUACCUAGUGAAAACAAAAAUUACACCUUUUUUGCGAGGAAUUGUUUAACGUUCUUCAGAAUCACGAUUUCCCGACCAAAACCAACCGAGAAAUGGUCCAGAUAUUCAAGUGGCUAAAUGGCACGAAUGAUAUCAGCAUUACGAAGGGAUUCGAACACCGAGUCGAUUGGAAUUUGACAUGGACUGUGAACAGGAUUCCGGUCUUCAAAAACGGUAUUUUUUUCAAUUCAAAAUAUCAGUCUGUCGGGAAAAUAAUGAGCACGGUGUCGCUGCACUGAUCGCGUCGCUGAAGUGAACAAAAAUUGAUUUUUGCCGUAAUACUUUAUUUUCUCGGUGAGAUUUUCAAUGCGACAGAGUGCUCAUUAUUUUCCCGACCCACUGAUAAGCAUAGCCGGUGGAAGGGCGAUCAAGAAAAAUUGAUAAAAUAAAAAAAUCCUUCAAUUUUUCAGACUCAAAGUACCAUCAGAAAUUCGCUCAAAACGACUUGAAAAUCAGCUUUGCCAAAGGCGACAACGAAAUGGCGGUCAGUCGAGAGGCCAUUGACUUCAUCUUCAACGAGAUGAAUGUUGAAAGUUUUGUCCACAAGAUCAAUCGACCCGGAGUUUUCGGGGUCGACGAGCUUGUCUUCCCGACCAUAUUAUCCAUGCCGGAACUCAACGUUCCCGGUCAUUACACUCAAGAAUGCGUUGAAUACCGCAAAAUGAACCCUUACAUAACACGAAGAUCGAAUUUCGGGGAAAAAUCGAGAUGUAAUAGCAAAAAAUUCCGCCAUCGCAUCUGCAUAUAUGGCGUUGAGGACUUGCGGGACCAUGUUCAUAACACGCCCUACAUCAAUAUCAACAAACUGAUGCCCAGUUUCGAUUUUAAUCCCAUUGUUUGUGAGCUGGAAUCGUUGUAUAAUCGAACAUACAUACAGCCGUUUGAUGAAAAAUCGCUGGAUAAACAGUUCUACGAAGAGUUGCCGCAUGUAAGGUGAAAAAAACGUGUUUACAGACUUUUAAGUAAAAAUCUUUAUAAUAAUUGCAUUUCAGGUAAGAUACCACAACACUGGACGAUGCAGAGCUUGA